AUGCGAGCUAUAGAUGGCGACGAAUCUCAGCCGGUGUUCUACCGUCUUCGUGGGGAAUCCAAGGAGUUCGCAGUCAACGCGACCAGCGGCGAGGUCACUGUGGUGUUCGGCCUCGAUCGGGAGACAAAAGAUUCUUACAGCCUAGAAAUCGGUGCUACCAAUGACGAAGACGUGAAAACAGAUGCCAUUACAGUAUGGAUGUCGCUCCAUGUUCGAGUCACAGAUGUGAAUGAUAAUGGUCCGCUGUUCGAACGCAGCCGCUAUUCCGUCCUUCUUGGCAAGGAUACAUUGCCGGGUGAAGAAAUACUGACUGUGAGCGCCUUCGAUCCAGAUCAACCUACACCAGGAAACGAUAUGAAAGAUGUAUUCUACCGUAUCAAGGAGACCCUAUUUGAAUAUCACGGUAUGAGUAGACCCAUUGAAGGAGUGUUUAUGGUAAAACAGACGACUGGUGUAAUCGUCCUGGAACAAACUGUCUACGAUUUUGUCGGCGGCGUCUUCCACCUCCUUCUUGAGUCAAUGGACAGCCUAGAGGCUGAUGCUCACAAGGAUCAAAGUAUCGUGAAGGUCUAUAUCCACGAAGAGAGCGAUAUCGUUCGUCUGGAACUGCUAAUGCCGCCGGCUGCAGUCAAAUAUGAGAAAGUCGAUGCUAUUAAAAAGUAA